GUCUAUUAAAGAAAGUAUACUAUUUGUGAAUUAACUUAAAAUUAUCUAUCUAUCUCUAUAUGCAAGACUUGAUACCACUUAAAGACAUUAAAACAAGUAAAGUAGUGUAGAAAGCUUUAAUUGUAAAUAUAAAGAUUUAUUUCUACAAUUCUGACUGGUUUUAAAUGGUAAUUUUGGCUGCCCUUGAAAUGACUCAAGCCAUUAACAUUACCUGAGUAAUGAUACCUUUUCAUAAGACUGCAGGUUCACGUUCAUGGUUGUCAUCUUAAAGUCCAAUUUUGUGGAGAAGUCGGCUACAUAUUUAUGAUUUAUGCAAUCUGGUCAACCAGUCACAGUAUUUGGAAACAAUUUAUGUAAUUUAGAUUUUUUUUUUUUUUGUAACUAAAAUAAAUAAAUUAAAACAAUAAAAAAAUAGGAAUACAAAUAUAUAGACUACAUAUAGGCUUAUGCAUUCAAGUUAAGAUAGCCGAAGAUUAAGGGGAAAAUGCAUGUAAUUAAGCCAGUCUCCCAGACCAUUUAUUUGUGGUACAGAAAUAGCUCAGUGACAGUUGUUUCCACACAGUCACAUGGGGUUUAUUUUGAAAGGUGAACUUCUCUGAAGGCAAGGGACAUUGGUUACACAGAGCCCGUGUCUCUAGCUUAUAUCUCUCUGAUCAUCAUAAUUACUACGGUCAUGAGCAAUUCUUUAAUGCACCUGCUUUUAUUACCAACACGACUAAGCUUAUGGAUUCUCUCUUUUGUAUAUUACAUUCUCGUAUACGGCAUAGCUGGAAUCACCGCUUGUUUGGUUCUGAUUCGAACUGUCUGGACUGGAUUUAGGGAUCCAUAUAGAACCUUUCAAUGGAACGCUCGAAAGAGACCCCCAGACUGCCUUAAAGACCCUGCACUUGGCGACCACGCGUUUCUGAAGGGCAGGAGUUCAGGCUUGAGGUUUCAUUAUGUAACCAAAGGAGACCACAGAAGGCCUCUAAUGCUGCUUCUUCAUGGUUUCCCAGAAAACUGGUACUCCUGGCGUUACCAAUUACAGGAAUUCAGUAGUCAUUACCACACGGUGGCGCUAGAUCUGCGUGGCUGUGGAGAUUCUGACGCACCUGUCCCGCUGGAGCAAUACUCACUGGACAUACUCUUAUAUGACAUCAGAGACACCAUCGAUGAACUGGGUCACACAAGUUGUAUAUUGGUGGGACAUGACUGGGGUGGGAUGCUGGCAUGGCAUUUUGCACUGGAAAGGCCAGACAUGGUGCAACGUCUCAUUGUGAUGAACGCCCCUCACCCUGCCUCGUGGUUGGACGCCGUUCUGAGAAGACCCUCUCAGCUGUUGCGCUCAGGACAUGCAUGUUUCUUCCAGUUACCAAUGCUGCCCGAAAUUGUUUUGUCUCUUGAAGAUUUUAAGUUGGUUCGAAGUCUAUUUUGUGGCAAGAAUUUGGGCAUCAGGAACAAAUCCAGACGACUGACUGAGACCCAGAUGGAGGGGUACCUAUACCGGCUGUCCCAGCCAGGAGGACUCACAGGCCCUCUGAACUACUUUCGUUCUCUUCUCAGUAACACUCUGUACAAGCAUCAGGAUGUCGGUGUGCCCUGCAUGUUAAUUUGGGGUGAGGCAGACACUAUUCUGGUUGAGGGCAUGUCCGGUGGAACGCGGCCUUAUGUAAGGGGUCCAGUUGUCAUUCACACUAUUCCUGAAUGCAGCCACUGGGUACAACAAGAUCAACCCGAGAGAGUCAACAAGCUCAUAUGGGACUUUGUUCUGGAUAGAGACAUCUUAAAACACAAUCACUGAUUGCCUUUUGACGCAAAGAACGAAUUAUUUUGAGUUAUUAGCUCUAGCAAGGUUUCUGGUUUUCACUUACAAAAUAACUGCUUACAUUUUGUCGGGUUUGUCUUAAAUGAAGUAAAGACAAAGCAGAUAUGAAUGGUUUUUAUGAGAUCUUCAAUUCCAAGACAUUUUGACUAAAUUCUUUCCUGUGAGUUGUUUAACUAAACAUCAUCCAACAUCAUUACCAAAAAAUGUAGCCUGUUAUGUAUUACAGUCUGUUUAAAUUUAGUGUGACUAAAUACUGUAAGACCACAUCAAAACAUCUGAUGUGUUUAUUCCAUUCUUGGCUCAGUGUUCCUGUGAUUGGGUGCACAUGUUGAGUUAUCCCAACAUCAUUGACUAAAAUGAACAAAUUCUCCCUAAAAGAAUUCCUGAAUGUUGAGGGGGAUAUGUACUGAACAUAUGAUUGUUAUACGUCACAGUUAAAUAUAGUAACUUUUGUUACAAAACGCAGUAAACAUUCUCACGAGACCCUGUUUGUUGGUCAUUGCAUUAACGUGAGUAGUCUGUUUAUCACAUACAAUGUGGUUUUGGUUGGCUGAAUAUAGUGCAUGAGUCAUACAGAUCACUUCUGCAAUACUUUUGCAAUACUUUUAUUGUACUUUUAUGAUACUUUAAUGGUUAUAUGAGCAUUUUGGUGACAGACAGUCUGAAUGGCCAUCCAAUAUGUUUGUAUGUGACAGAGUGUUCCACGUACAAAUAAAUCUAGAUGAAAAUUUUGAACCCUUUAACAA